AUGUCAAAACGUGCUCGCUGCGAAACUUGCGAUGCAUUGCUCUCCACUAAAGAUUACGUCGAAUAUUACAUCGUCACAAAUAAGUUGGGAAGCACAACAGCAAUUGCACCAAUUGAGCAUUAUAUUGGAACUUCUGAAGAACAAGAAGUUGCACGUAUUCCUGAUGGAAAGAUGAAAGAUGUGGUUAUUCAGAUUCGAUUGUUUGGCUUUAGAGCAUUAAUCGUUAUCGCGGAGAACUGUGGAAAGAAGGCUUGUCGCAUGACCCCUAGUUGUGAACAUCGCAGUGUCAAGAUUUCUUUCGCAGAGAAAAAUCCUGAUGAUAUGGGGGGACGUUACAAGGCUACUGAGACUGCCGUCUUCACCCUAAAAAAAUUUGUCGAGGCGGCAAGUUUGAUGGUACGAAGUUUGGAUUCUUAA